GGAGGCUGAAUCACUUUUUUCUCUUCUUAUCCCUCGAGCCAGCCGAAAAACUCCAAGAAACCACCUUUAUAAACAAACCCACCUGAUCUCUUUUCCCACUACUUACCCACCCAAAAACAAAACAAAAAACACCAUGAGAUACAACGAGAUCCCUCACUUCAGCCACCCUCAGCACAAGCUCAAGUUCGAGUACACAGAGGCUCUGUUCAAGUGCGACGGUUGCAAGGAAGUCGGCAUCGGCUCCCGGUACAGAUGCGCCGCCUGCGACUACGACCUCCACCUCCACUGCGCCCUCCCUUCCCCCUCCUUCGUUCACCCUUUCUACACCAAAUGCAGCUUCCAGUUCUGCUCCCGGCCGCCCGGCACGGUGGCGCGUUACUGCAACGCGUGCGAGAAGGACGUGACCGGGUUCAUGUACCAUUGCAAGUCUUGUGGGUUUGAUUUGCACCCUUGUUGUGCUAAGCUCCCCGUGGUGCUUGAUGAUGGUGAUGUCAAGCUUUACCUCUAUAGGAAGGUAAGCGCGUCGUGCCACCGGUGCGGGAGGAAGGGGAGGAGCUGGAGCUACCGGUCUUCCUGCAAGAAGUACAACUUGCACGUCGCUUGUGUGAAGGAGAUGCUGGUGGAGAGCUGGCACGAUCAUCAGAUUAUGGCUAACAAUAGCAAUUUCGGGCGCGGGGUUAACAACAACUUCCAUGGUGGUGGGAAACUGGAGACCAGGAUUCCAAAGGGAACGCUUCAGAGCUAUCAGAAGAGGAGUGGCAAUAAGGGGAAAAUGAAGAAAUGUUCUGAGAUGGCUGGUUUGGCUAUCCAGUUUGUUGUUUCGGCUGUUCUUGGGGAUCCCACUACCCUUAUUGCUGGGGUUGUUGGCUCACUCAUUUCCAAAUAGAGUUGUGGUUGUGGCCCGAAUCCUACGAAAGUCCAACGAAAAAACGGGUUUCUCUUUACGUAAUUCUUUCGUUCAGUGGUUGGUCUUUUUUUUUUUUUUUUUCCCCUUGAAGAGUACUGAUAAACGAAUCAAGUUGUUCGAGUUCGAGCUUGUGUUUGACUUAUUGAAAGCUCGUUCAAGACUGAUUUGUGAAGAAUAUUAUCUUAUCAUUUGUGAA